AUGGAUAUUAAUACAACUAUCAUAAGUAAUCAUAGUAAUUAUGACUGGAAUGAAAAUAAUAAUGGUCCAACAUUUCAUACACGUAUGGGUUUUGCUUGUGCAUGGAUUAUUAUUGCUGUUGCUGGUAUUAUAGGUAAUGGUCUUGUUAUAUUUGUUGCUAUUCGAUUUCAAAAAUUGAAUAAUGUUACAAAUUGUUUUAUUGUUAAUUUGGGUAUUACUGAUAUUGUCUUUUUGGUAUUUUGUAUGCCACUUCUAGUCGUUCAAUAUACAUUAGAGCAUUGGUUAUUCAAUCAAAUUUUUUGUAAACUUCUAAAUUUUAUUUCUUUCGUUAGUGUUCUUGUUACUGUUCUAACAUUAGUCAUAAUGACUAUUGAUCGUUAUAUUUAUGUCGUACGACCAUUUGAAAAUUUAAAAUGGCGAAAACCUAGAACUGUACUUUUAUUAAGUAUUAUCAUUUGGUUGAUUUCAUGUAUAUUUGCUUCACCGUAUUAUUAUUAUUAUGGUGUAAUAAAUAAUGAUGAUAAUCAUCGACAAUGUGCAUUACUUAUUGAUGAAGAAUUACAAAAACAUUUUUGUAUUUAUACAGUUACACUUUAUUAUUUUAUACCAUUAACAAUAAUAAUAAUAUCAUAUACUAAAUUACUUUAUUUUGUUUAUUCAAAAGAAAAUAAACUUCAUCCUAAAACAAAAUAUAAUAUUGUUAAAUGGUCAAAAAAACGUCGUGCUGUAACAAAAAUGGUUGCCGUUGUUACUCUUGCUUUUUCACUUUGUUGGUUACCUAUAACAUUAUAUAUAAUGUCAGCAUAUAUAUUUCCACAAAAAAAUGUUUUUCUUUAUUAUUAUAAAAUGAUUGCUAAUUCAUUUGCUUAUUUAAAUUCAGCUAUUAAUCCAAUUCUUUAUGCAUUUUUAAAUCGUAGUUUUCGUACUAAUUGUGGAAGUCUUUUUUUUGAACCAACAUGUUCAACAUUUUUUCGUGAUGAUCAACGUCAAUCACGUACACAUUCUCAACAACAACAACAACAACAACAACAACAAGGACAGAAAUUACAAAAAAAACAUCUAAUAUCAACACAAAUUGAUCGAUUUAGUUAUCAAUCAACAAAUCAACAAUCAUCAUCAUCAAUACAGGAUAAAAAGAAAAAAGAAAUAUUAAAAAUAAAUAAUGAUCAACAAUUAUCACCAAAUAUUAUAAUACAUUAUGAAUUUUCUGAUGGUGAUUAUGAACAAUCUGAUAUGGAUUGUAUCAAUCAAACUGGUGUUGAAAAAAAUUCAUCUGACAAUAAUCUUUCUAAAGGACAAUAUGAACAAAUAUCAACAGAAAAAGCUAAUGAUUCAAAUACUUUAACAACAACUCUUUGA